AUGGAACAAUGUAAAGAAAAUAGCAAUGCAGCGAGACAAACAGUUCCGACGAAAAUUUACGAUGCCAGAACACACUCCCAGGUGAACUAUAAUAUAAACGGUGGAAACUAUCCAGAUAAUAACCACAAUCUCUUCCAAAUGAUUAAGUGCCACGAAGAUAGUCUACUAAGACUACAUCACUUGACCGCUGGGCGACAAAACGGCACAUACGAUAAUAACUAUCAGAACGAUCUAUCAUGGUACUCUAAAGACCUUCAACGACAAUAUAUAAAACCUGUAGAUUACAUUUCUUAUGAAGAUGUACGAAGAAAAUAUGAUGAGAGCAAAGGUGUGAAAGAAAAGGAUGCACAGAAAGAGUCUGAAGAAGAAAGGGACGGGAAAACGGACGAAAGAAAGAAGCCAAGAAGAAAUCGAACCACCUUUACAAGUCAACAGUUGGCCGCUUUGGAGAAGGUUUUUGAGAAGACACAUUACCCUGAUGCAUUUGUUAGAGAAGAUUUGGCGGCGCGAGUUAAUUUAACUGAAGCGAGAGUUCAGGUUUGGUUCCAAAAUAGACGAGCAAAGUUCCGCCGUAACGAACGGUCCGCCCUAUCAACUAAUCGAAGUUCUACCAGCCAAAACUCACCUGAACCGAUACCUGUGCCGAUUGGUAUUUCGCAUCAAGCCGAUCUAAGGCAAGAUUAUACACGAAACGCCAAAGAACCAUGGCUUCACCAUUUUCAAACCAAUAACCUAAACUUUAAUCUUGGUAUUCCUCUAACGAACACCGGUUUAUACCAAAACGAUUAUUCGUUAAUGAUGCAAAACGUGGGAAAUCGACAGUAUAUACCAAAUUCUAAUACAUUAAUGUCUCAAAACGUUUCAAAUUAUGGUGGAUCAACAGAAAAUAGUUAUGGAUCUUGCGCUUUGAUAGGAAGUUACAGCAAUCCAUUGCAACCGUCUCAUCAUAGUUCGUACAAUUUAAAUUUAAGAUUACGACCGCACGAUUUUACAAUUAAUAAUAUUACGUUGUAA